AUGGCCGGAGGAAAGGGAAAAUCAUCGGGCGGCAAGAGCUCCGGAGGGAAGAGCGGCCACGACAGCGGAAAGAAGCAGCAGAGCCACUCCAGCAAGGCCGGACUCCAGUUCCCUUGCGGUCGUGUCAAGCGUUUCUUAAAGAACAACACCCAGAACAAAAUGCGGGUUGGAGCCAAGGCAGCCGUCUACGUUACCGCAGUCCUCGAGUAUCUGACCGCUGAAGUUCUCGAGCUCGCAGGAAACGCCGCCAAGGAUCUCAAGGUCAAGCGCAUUACUCCCCGCCAUCUCCAGCUCGCCAUCCGCGGUGACGAGGAACUCGAUACCCUUAUCCGCGCCACCAUCGCCUUCGGAGGUGUUCUGCCACACAUCAACCGCGCGCUCCUGUUGAAGGUCGAGCAGAAGAAGAAGAAGGCUAUCGAGGCAUAG